UGCGAUCAGUGGGUGAGAGGGGGGAGACGAGCAACACACGGCAGAGAACCCGGCGUGUGCGCCUCCGUCAUCAUCUCGCUGGCUCCGUCCGUGCAUCACUCCACCCGGUCCUGGAUCGUCCUGAAACCUCGGAGACUGCCUGAGUCUGAGUUUUUUUAUUCCCAGCCUUUUCCAUCUGAAUGACGGGCGGAAGGUUUGACUUCGACGACGGCGGCACUUACUGCGGGGGGUGGGAGGAUGGCAAAGCCCACGGACACGGCAUCUGCACCGGACCCAAGGGCCAGGGCGAGUACGCCGGCUCCUGGUCGCACGGCUUCGAGAUAGUCGGCGUGUACACCUGGCCCAGCGGCAACACCUACCGGGGCUACUGGUCCCAGGGCAAGCGGCAUGGGCUCGGCGUGGAGAAUAAAGGCAGGUGGAUGUACCGGGGCGAGUGGAGCCACGGCUUCAAGGGGAGGUACGGGGUCCGGCAGAGCCACAACACGCCCGCCAGGUACGAGGGCACCUGGAGCAACGGCCUGCAGGACGGAUACGGGGUGGAGACCUACGGGGAUGGAGGUACUUAUCAAGGGCAGUGGAUGGGUGGGAUGCGCCACGGCUACGGUGUUCGUCAGAGCGUUCCCUAUGGCAUGGCCACCGUCAUCCGCUCUCCCCUCCGUACGUCCAUGGCCUCCCUGCGCUCCGAGCAGAGCAACGGCACGGUGCUCCACGACCUCUCCUCCCCCGCGGACACGCCGACGGGCGGCCGCGGUGGCUUCGUCCUCAACUUCCACUCCGACAGCGAGGUGGUCACCGGCAAGAAGAAAGGCCUGUUCCGCCGGGGCUCUCUGUUCGGCAGCCUGCGACAGUUGCGCAAGUCUGACUCUCGGACCUCGAUCUCCAGCAAACGCAGCUCCGCUAGAAGCGACGCCACCAUGAGCCGCAUCAGCUCCAGCGACGCCAACUCUACCAUAUCCAUCGGUGAUGGCGAGCUGGGAGACGAAGACUUACUUCUGGAGGACCAUGUGGACGCCACCACAACCGAGACCUACAUGGGAGAGUGGAAGAAUGACAAGCGGAAUGGAUUUGGUGUUUCAGAGAGAUCCAACGGGAUGAAAUACGAGGGAGAAUGGCUUAACAACAAGCGCCACGGUUACGGGUGCACAGUUUUCCCAGAUGCCACCAAAGAAGAAGGGAAGUACAAAAAUAACGUGCUGGUGCGUGGAAUACGAAAGCAGUUGAUUCCUCUUAAGAACCCCAAAACCAAAGAGAAGGUGGACCGCGCUGUGGAGGGGGCUCAGAGGGCUGCAGCCAUCGCCAGGAGUAAGGUGGAAAUAGCAGCUUCCAGGACGGCCCAUGCCAGGACAAAAAGCGAGGCUGCAGAGCAGGCUGCCGUCUCUGCUGUGCAUGACUCUGAAAUUGCCAGAGCCGUUGCCAGGGAGCUCUCCCCCAACUUCUACCAACCAGGACCUGACUACGUGAAACAGCAGUUCAAGGAGCCCGUGGAGAUUAAAGAGGUCCCGGUUGAAAAGAAGGAAAACUCUCCAAAAGAUUCUCCCCACUUUUACCGCAAAGGCACAACUCCUCCCCACUCGCCUGUGGCCAGCCACGAUGCCACGCCUCCCCCCUCGCCCGAGUCCAGCAAGAAGAAAGGCCAGAUAGCCAACAGCGUCAGCCGCAAAACCAGCAAAGAAGAAAAGCCAUCCCGUAAGAUUAGCAAAGAAGAGAAGUCCAUUUUUAAGGCCAGCAAGGAGGACCGGUCUAGUAGGAAGCUUAGUAAAGAAGAAAGACUGUCUGUUACUGAUGGCCCCAAGAGUUCUUAUACAUACACCGAAGCUCCCCCGAAACCCUCUAAAGUUCAACAGCCUGCUCCGGCACCGGCACCUACUCCACAGCCCCCCGCAAUUCCAGUCAACGGUCAGCUCCACACCGAGUACCACAGUUACUAUAUCAAAGCUCCUACGAAGGUUCCUCCGCCCCCAGAACCGGAAGAUGCUGAAGAAGAGCCUAUUGCCCUGGCCCUGGCGCGCAUGCCCCCCACCCCUAAAUCCUUCGGCUCACUCACCCCGACUCCUAGACCACCCUCCCUACGGGAGAGCAAGAGCGACCCAAAACUCAGGAAGCAGGAUUCCCUUAAGCCAAAGAGCCUUGCUGAAACAAAGAAAGCCAGCAUGGAGAUUUCAGAAAGUACUGACGAAACAGGUCCUAACUCAAUCCUUGUUGCGAUGGUAAUGCUGUUGAAUAUUGGCCUUGCAAUUAUAUUUGUCCACUUUUUGACAUGAUGAUGCUGUUUCUCAGUGAAACCAUAGCAACUGGUAAAGUUGCAUCGCUGGCCUUGAAAAGUGAAAAUGGUGCCAGUGAGACACGGGGGUGGCCGGAGGUGUUUAGGAAUCAGCAUGACACCGAAGAGAAUCAGGAGGAUGGCAUCACUACUAUCAGUCUAUCUUUGGCCUUCUUUUAGGGCCAGCCCUGUGAAUUAGCACUCCUUUUGGUUUCUCUCGAAGCUGAAGGGAAAAGUCGUGUCUAGUGAGAUGAGGGGGAAAAAAAAAAAAGUUUAAAAUGCAACCAAACAUACAAAGUCUGGAGAGGAAGAAAAAAAACAAGAAGUUAUUGAAACCCACACUGUGCUGAUCCAAGCACAGGUCUCUGUAGCCCACUUCCUCUGCCUUGGCAGGGAUAGCAGUGGGCUGACGGACCUUGCUGGAGGAGUGUGGAGAUGCACUUUUAGAUGAUGGGAGCAAACAGCUGCCUUUCUAUUUUGCCAUCUGACGUUUUGAUGGGGAGAUGUGAGCCCGGCCCCAGGGCGACCAGGGAAUGGGGGGGUUUGGGGGUGGGUGGCUCGGGGCUCGGGUGUUCGGUAGGUUUUUCUGGGGUUCACGCCCCUGUUGAAAGAAGAAACUGGGCACAGCCGUUGCCAGCAGUCAGUGCUAGCACGGUCACUACCCAGUCUUACUUUGUUAACCCAAACAUCACUUCAGCUUUCUCAAGCUCCGUCCAUUGUAAUCCAGGAUACACUGCUUUGAAACACUCCCCGUGCAUGGUACAGUUUUAACAUUUUGUUUUUGUUUGUUUGUUGUUCGAUGUAGCUUUUUUGUUCACUGUUGUUCUCUGAAUGUUGGUUACCUGCAGUCAUUUGCCUGUUGACAUCUCUUCACUGAAUGAGUCAAUAAAGUUUUCCCUUCUUAUUUGAAUUUUAUUCAUUUCUGGCAACUUUACUGUAAUCUGACAACACACUUACAUGUAACUGAAAGUGCAAUAUGUUUCUUUUUUUUUUUUUUUUCAAAAGCUUAUAAUUUAUUUUGCCAAAAACAACAGUUUUUCUUUUGUUUUUAUUUUUGUCUCACAUAAAAGUGAAAUAGCCUGGUUUUGAGAAAAAACAUUAAUUGAUGUCAGGCAUUGGGACAAGCUUGGUUUGUACUUUAAAAGUCAGAUAACUCUGUGAGAGUGAAGUAUAAAAUGUUUUAUGUUAUUUAAGAAAACUGGGUGUAAAAGGAUUUAACUUUACAUGCCCAGACCCUUUUGCUUGAAUUUCUUCACUCCAUUCUUUGCUUUAACUCUUUCACGACACCACCAAGAGGCAGAACCGCAGUUCACCCAGCUGCUUGAGUAGGCCCAGCAGUGCUUGCAUGCGAAUGAGACCGGAUCUUGUGGACAGUGGAAGUUUAUUCAGGUUGAGACCAUGGGGAAUGUGGCUCCGGGGAGAAGUAGAGAUGCCUUUAGAAGUCUUUAACAGUGCUACUGUUUACCUCAACAAAAAAAAUUUAAGAAAAGAGAAAAAAAAAAGAUGAGGCGGGGGGGAGGGAGUAAAGGGGGAAAGCGAUGCCAUCCUUGUCUUAACUCUGUUGUGUGCGGGUUAUUCUGACUGUUGUCAUCACCUGAAUCAUGCUUUUAACUUGCCUCAUUCUAGCUGCUUGUAGUCUUUGUUGCAGGUAUGGCAUGAGUUUCUUUAAUUUUCAAAGUGGUUAUUUAUACGGUAGACAUUUACUGUCGCCUUUACCAAGAUUAACUAUUUAUUAAUGGUACAACUAAUGUGUAUGUGAACAUUGGUCAUCAUGAAAAGGGCUUUAAUAUGUCCGGGUUUUCUUUGCUGCAGUUCUGUUUUGAGAGAUUACUUGAGGAUAUUGUUGAUUAUAAAAUGAGCAGCACGUUUAAAUUUAGACAAUUGCUCAGCCAGUUUGACAUUUGCAAACUGUCCUCAAAACUACUGGGAAACGAACUACUGAAAUUUAAAUUAAAAAGAUAUAGAUAUAGAUAUAUAUAUUGUAUAGAUGAUGGAAAGGUCAAGUCUGGCAUUUUAGAAGGUUUAACAGAACAGCCUGUUUGCGGGUUAUUAUAAUUUUUUUUUCUCUUUUUGAAAUGCAGCAUUGCAUGUUGGAGACAUUUAUAUAUAGAUUAUUAUAUACUAUUUGUAAGGAUUUUUACAGAGCACAAUUCAGAAUCUGGUAUGAGUCGGUAUUUUUCUAACAAUUUGCACACCUGUAUUUUGACAAUGAAUAUAACUUGUUUGUAAUCGGUAAUGUAAUGCACAUAUGAUAAUGUUUGACAGUGGAAAAAAAUACUUUAUUUCUAAUUGGUCAUACUGUAUAUGUACCAUUUGGGGAUGUGAACGGCAGAUGUACUUGUUUGAGGAUUUUAGGAAAUAACAAGGAACUGUGGGAGACUUUUGAUAUCUCAUGGCUCAUGUCACCCCACUGAUUUGUGCAAAGUCUUUGGAGAUGAAGUUAUGUGUAUAACAAUAAAGAUAUUAUGCCUUGUUAAACAAAA